AUGGAGGCCUCUACUUGUGGCUCUGGUUGUAGCCAGCGAAGCACUGAAAAUCAGGAUAAGGGUGCUACUUGUACUGAAUCAAAGCCCCUUUCUUCCUCGGACCCAGGACAGUCGGCGUCCGAUGGCCCCCUGCAUGUGACAGGACAGGUCCUGAAGCAGCCAAUGGAGCUAAAGUCUCUGGACAGAGCAGAGAACUCGAGUCCUGCUUUGAGGAAGGACUCCUCCGAGCUCCCCAUCACCAGGCUCCAUUCCGCUAGUCCAAAGGAUAGCUCCACCCAAGGAUACCUCAGCACAUUGAACUCUUCCUCUUUGAAUUUCCAUCAUGCUGCCAGGAGCCUGGAAGGACAGCAAGCCGCUGGACACGAGCAAGAAGCUGGUGUCAGAAAGAGUGAGGACAAUAAAGAGCAGCUAGCAGGUAAGACUCUCGUGGAAGGUUAUAUCUCGGUCAAAGUGGCAAAUGUGAAUGGCAGCGAGGACAGCUUGGACAGCUGUCUGGGGUCCCAAAAGAGCUCUUUCAGAGCUCUGCCGGAAGAGUCCUGGGAUCCUGGCUUUGCGGUGGGUCCCCCUCGCAGAGCCGACAAAGAGAACACUUUGCAAUGCAGCUCAAAAGCAUCUUUGCACCAGGACUUAGACGCAAAAGAACAAGAUGCGAGACCAAAGCAAGAAAACCACCUGCAUGCCGCAGCCAAGGGCAAGGCCGGCUGCCACCUGCACCCGGCUGACAAAGGCCCGCUCGACAAGGCCAUCCCUGCCGGUGCCCCGCCAGCCACCCACCGGACCCCCGGUGGGCACCCCCGUGCCAAGGCAGCCUCCCUCAGAUCCACUCGCAAGAGCAAGAAGGCGUCGGGGCUGCGGAUCAAUGACUAUGACAACCAGUGCGACGUGGUCUACAUCAGCCAGCCCAUCACCGAGUGCCAUUUUGAGACCCAGCGGUCGGUCUCAUCCCGCAAGACAGCGAGGAAGAGCACCCGCGGGUACUACUUCAACGGGGAGUGCUGCGAGCUCCCGACUGUCCGCACGCUGGUGAAGAGCUCCCGGGUGGAGGAGAGGGGGAGCAGCCCGGCACUGCGAACAGAGACCCUCGUGAGCUCUAAGCCACCCCUUGUGCUCUCGGUGGGGGGGUCUGGGGGUGCAGGACGGGAAGGCGAGAAGAGGGUUUCCCUGAGGCUCAUGGCGAAAGGGGCACCAACCAGUCGAGAAACGAAAGAGAGAGCUGAGCUGGGCUCUCUGCAUCCCUGGGACACCCGGGCACUGCGGUCAAGGGAAGCCACCAUGGCCAUGCCCUUCUUCUCCCUCUCUGCUCCACCCAGCCCCCAGAAAGAGGACAGCUUGGCCGGCUUGCCACCUCCCGUCUCCCCUUCUGCCGAAGGAGGGGGGACGAGAGUGGGAGGCACCGUCCCCUGCGAGGCUGGCAGCAGCCUGGGCUCCUGCGGCAGCGGCGGGCAGGCGGUUGAUUUUGCUGCCCUUCCCGUCUCAGAAGCACCCAGUGGGGAGGAAGCUUGUCCAGGCUCCGAGGUACAAACUGAUCUGGACCUUUCCGCCAGCCUGGAGCUGAAGUCCCCUUUGCAGCCCUCCUCCGCUGCAGACACAGCACCCCUGGCCUACGAUGGUGCCGGGGAUCCUGCCCAGCUUCCAGACGUAGGGGAUGCAGAAGCCUGCGGGCUGUGUCAGGCAGAGCCCUCCCCACACUCUCCAGGCUGGCAGGUUCCCGAUGAGCCCUCUGCCACCGUCGAUGGGGAGAGCCCCCCAGAGCCCCCUGCUACCUUGCAGUGUGUAGAUGUGAACAAAAGCAUUGAUGCUGAACACGAAGCUGAGUUUUCAGGUAUGGUGGGUGACAGCUCUAUUGAGCAAGAGGAGGCUGUGCCUGCCAGCACAGACCUCCCCGAAAUCUUGGAAGGGGAGGCAAUGCAGAAUAUCAGCCCACCAGGUGAAAAAGACCCUAAUGAAGGGAAAACACCACCUGAACCCAACAGCUCAGACACCGCAGGGAAAGACUUUGUCUCUUCCAAUGACAGUCUAGACAAGAAGCGAAAGAAGGGCAAGAGAGUGCUUGUGGCAUCAGACCGGUGUCUUCGAAGCCAGCAGUCCCAGUCACCCACCGAGGGCAGUGCUGAGGACACUGGUUCUUCCAGCUCUGUGCAGCUUACUUGCCUUCAGAUCAAACUCUCCAAGAGCCCUGGAGCCAAGCGGUUUAAGAAGGAAGUGCACCUGGAUGGGGCAGCAUCCAUGCACUUCCCAAACGACUGCUUCCCUGAUGCGCUGCUCAAAACCAGCGAGGGGCCGGGCACCAGCCAGGCUCUAGAGAGCAUCACUGAGCAGCGGCCGGGCGAGGAGAACGGUGUCACUACCAGACAAACCUAUAAAAGCAUCUCUGCAAAAGAGACUGUGGCUGAAGAAGAAAAUUCCUCUAAAGACAAUGCCCCUGCUAACAGCAGCCAAAGUCAACUGUGUGAGAUGCUGGAAAUCAGUGUCCAGGCUGGUUCCGAGGAGCAAAGCCUUCUCCUCCCUCUGGAGAGCAGUGUGCCUGCAAGUGAUGCCGAGCAAGUGGAUGUGAAACCAGGCAAUGCCAGUGUGAAGGAUGAGGAGAGCUCCGACAGUGCCAUGGACACGGACAAGCUGGAGAGCUGUGAGUUGUUGGCCAGUUCACCUCUGUGUCCCAGCAGCAGAGGUGGAAGCAAGCAUCUUCCAGCAAAAGCUGCAAAGCAUAAAAAGGUUGCCUUGCAGUUUUAUAACUUGAGACAUGCACCUGUAGACACCGCAAAAAAGAGCACACCAGGGAAGGAGUCUAUGCAAGCGAUCCCCAAACAGAGGGAGGAGUGCAGUUCAGGGAAUGAUGAAUCCCCAACUUUGGAGGACAUUGACAUAGCUGACAGCAAACCGAAGUUCAUGGAGUGGUGUGCUGAAGAGGAGAACCAGGAGCUCAUUGCUGAGUUCAACACCCAGUACAUGAAGGUUCAGAAGGGCUGGAUUCAACUGGAGAAGGAGGUGCAGCCAACCCCCAAGGUAAAGAACAAAGCCGACAAACUGAAAGAGAUUUGGAAAAGCAAGAAAAGGACACGGAAAAGUAGAGGGUCGCUGGAAGUGCAGAAGCUUUCUCCUGUCCAGAUGCUAUUUAUGAAGGCCUUUAAGCUGUCUGACAUCUGCCAGUGGUUUCUGGAGACGACCGAAACCAGGUCUCUAGUGAUCGUGAAGAAACUCAACACGCGUCUCCCAGGGGAGAUCCCCCCCAUCAAAGUCCCCAUGCAGAAAUAUUCCUCCUCCAGUCUUUAUCCCAGCUCGCUGCAAGCUGAACGUUUGAAAAAACACCUCAAGAAGUUUGCUGCCACUACCCCAGCUCGGAAUAACCUGAAGAACCAAAAGCUUUGGGCCAAAAUUCGGGAGAAUGCUGACAAAGCGGAGAAUGAAGAAGCCACCGCUCCCAGCCAGACAUCUCCCUCCGAUGCCAGCCCCGAAGACCUGAGCGAAGACAGAACCAUCCAGCCUGCCCCCAGCCUGCCCACGCAGGCCAGCACCAGGAUCCUGCGCAAGUACUCCCACCUGCGGGGCAAGCUGCGGGCCCAGCACCGCGCGCUGAAGACGGAAAAGAGAAGUGAUGGCCCGGGGGACCACCUGAAGAAGAGGAUGCUGAAGGAGAGCGGGAGCACCCAGGAACGGUCCAGCUCCUCUGCCAAGGACAAGCUGCCUGCCAAGAAAGCCAGUAAAAUAAAGGAGGUCAGCGCGAAAGCUCCUGCCACCCGAAAGCAGGCUGCCGUGGAGAGGAGCAACAAGCUGGCCAGAAAAAUGUCUUUGAAAGAGAAGAGAGCCCCGAAAAGGCAGCUGGAGAAAGUGCGGCUCCCCAUGCGGAAGGGCAAGGAGAACACGAGCAGACGGGCCGUGCUGCCCCCCAGCCACGAGGAGCUGGCCAAGUCCCCAAAGCAGAGGCCCCUUGGAGAGUCCUCGACUCGGUCACAGAAGAUGGUCAACAAGAAGCCCAGCAGUGGGAAGACCCUGACGAGGUCCAUGAAGAAGAUGCAGGAGAGCAGCGGGUCGCAGGGCAAGAGGAAGCUGCGGGCAAAAGUGGACUGUUCACACAGCAAACGCUCACGGCUGGACCCGAAAUAG